AUUUCUUUAGGCAAACCAAAGAUCCCCUUGACAACAGUUGCUUGAAUUCAAAUUACAUUCACACUAGCAACAAAAGCACGUUGGGGAAAAAUUGCAACGAUAGUUCAAGAUGCUGGCAAGAAUUUUACCACAUAAAUUUUGCGCCGUGUUCAAUCCUCGUGCAAGAGAAGAAAAAGACAAAUCUACAAGCAAAAAUUCAGAAAGGGAAAAGCGAACGGAAUCUGAUGAAGAAGAGCAAGCUAACGAGAUCAGUGCAAUGAAACUACAAGAGGAUCUUCAUAAACUUGUCAGAGGCCUGAAACAGCUUGAAAAGCAGCAAGAGUUGAAAAUAAAUGAUGUCUGCAGCAAGUUGGAUCGGGUGGAAAUAAGAAUGAUUGAAGUUCAGAAGGAUUUACAGGAGAAUGGCACUCUCAAAAUUGAGGCAGAUAUGGAUGCAAACGUGCCAGGGGGGAUUGGAGAAAAGAUCAACGAAGUAGCUUUAAAAUUGGAUCAGCUGAGUUUAAAAGAAAAAAAAGUCGUAAAGUUAAUGCAAAAAGUAGAGAUGAUUGAUGAUUGGCUGAACACAAUUCAAAAGACGGUCAAUUCUUCAAGAGAUGGCAUGCUUAUUUGGAAAGUUGAAAAUGUCAGCAAACUGAUACUAGAGAGCCAGACGACAGACAAUUUUGCCCUGUUCAGUGAUUAUAUUUACACUAGCCAAUACGGGUAUAAACUACAGGCGGUUAUCUACUUGAAUGGCAUCGCAAGUGGUCGAGGGACACACCUUUCUGUGUACAUUACCAUUCAUAAAGGAGAGUACGAUGCAAUACUGAGCUGGCCAUUUCAAAAGAGUCUAUUCUUCACGUUGCUUGAUCAGAACGACAGCAUCGAUGAGCGCAUGGACAAGAUGGAAGAAUUGGUUUGUAAUAGAAAGUCCCCAAGUUUCAUGAGGCCUGAAUCCGAAGUCAACCCGGGAUGGGGCUUUCCAAAGUUCAUCACACUGCAUAAAUUGAUGACCGAAACGUUUGUUAAAGACGAUUGUUUUUUUCUAAAAAUUGAGGUUGAUUCUCCAGAAAUAGACUAAAAAAGACUAUUUCUUAUUGGCUUGAAAACUGUUUUUAAAAUUACCUAAUGUCGAAAAAUGUUGAAGAUAUCAUCCAGCCUAAAGUAGCCAAAUUAAGGUGCUUCAGUACAACCAUAAUUAUUUUUGAACAAUA